AUGACAGUUACCGACUGGUAUCCCUGCAGCCUCUUGAACAGCAAUCCGACACAUCCCUACGCUAUCAUUAUCCUAAAUCAGCCUAUCAACAAGAACGCGCUGAAUGCCGUUAUCGAUUCAGCCUCCCUCUUGAUCUGCGCCGACGCCGGUGCCGAUAGACUGUACAAGUACGACCAAAGGGCCAAAAACGGCUACAGGCACCGCCUUCCGGACGCCAUCAUUGGGGACCUUGACUCCCUGACUCGACCUGUUGAAGAGCACUACCGUGCCCGCGGGGUUCAGGUGAUCAAGGACCCUGACCAAUACUCUACAGACUUCACCAAGUGCUUGAGGUGGAUUCGAGCCUGGUCGACAAAUUGUAACGGGUCAGAGGACAUGACAAUGGAUGUCAUCGCGCUUGGUGGUCUUGGGGGCCGGGUAGACCAGGGCUUCUCCCAAAUUCAUCAUUUAUUCAUGGCGGAGAACGACGGAGAGCUUUUGAGAGGACGCAUCUACCUCUUGUCAGAACAGAGCUUGUCAUUCGUUCUAGCUAAUUACGACAACGUUAUCCAUAUAGAGCCCGGGUAUUUUGAAGAAAACGUCGGCAUCAUUCCCGUGCUUGGACGUGCUGUUCUCUCCACCAAGGGCCUGGAAUGGGACGUCAACCAAUGGCCUACCGAAUUCGGUGGGCAAGUGAGUACAAGCAACCAUAUUCGAUCCAACAAGAUUGAGAUCAAGUUCCAAGGGCCGAGGCCGCUGUUCACCAUGGAACUAGACAAACGCCUCACAGCUGCAGGCGAAUAA